AUGUACGAUAUGGAUUUCCUGACCUGUGUAGAGCGGCUUUGUGUCGACUUUGGUUGGAUGAACAAAAGAACUUGGAUUAUUGAAGAGGGCUUCGGCCACUGGGUAGGCGAAGAAGAAGACGCGAUAGCCACUGCAUACGGGGGUAUGAAUGAAAGAAUGCAAGACUUCUGGCGGACUGUGCACCAACGCGUCCCUCAGGUGAAACAUGUCAUCCUCGACGAUGAUCAAGAUCGAUCUGACUACCAUGAUGGCCGGCUUCCACCAGAUGUGUACAAGAAUGUGGGACAGAUGUGUCCUCUCGGUAUCAGUGCCUUGGUUGAUUUGGUUCAAGGCGAUGGGUCCAUAAACCGCCGAACGAACAGGGUCCUAUGGCAACUGGUCACUACCAAAGGGGACGCAUCCACCGACGUCUCGCAAGAAUGGAAAUUGUAUCCAAGCCGCAGUGAGCCAAGCAUCACCCCGCCCAAUAAAAUCUAUCGUGGGCCUGUCGGAGCGUUCCUAGAUUACUUUACCAGAGGUAACGAGGUCAAUCGCCAAAAGCGAGCAAUCCGAAUCCACCGCAUCGCAGUGAUGGAAAAGCUGCACUUCAAUGGCUCGCAAGAUCCUUUCAGCUGUGAAGCUCCAGACUGCAAUGUCCAGUUUGCCCAGCCUGAAGAAUACACCACGCAUGUGAUCCCGACCAUAUAUGACAAAUACCACGCUCUGCCGGGGCCCGUCGAGAAGCUUUUCGCCGAGAAUGAUGAGAGAUUCAAGCGGCUGUCGGACAUUGAGAGUAAGAGAGAACAAAGCUUCCUCGAAUGGUGGGGUGAGUACGGGUCCGAGAAGCGCUGCAUGGCGGAGAAGGAGUAUGUCCACCAGUUAGAGCACUACCCGUAUUAUGCGCAGGACAAGCCCGCCUUGGAGCACAAGACGCUGAAGAUGAUACAUGCCUGCAUCAAUUAG